UGCAAAAAAAAAAAAAAAAAAAAAAAAAAAAAGAGGAAGAAGAAGGAAACUGUGCUCGAUUAACCAUACCAAUAUCCUACAACGACGUCGAACGAAGCGAAACGACUUCUCCCAAUGCGACACACGAUCCUCCAUUACCCAUUCCACACAGUCAUGUAGUACAGUACAACAUCAACAUCAACGUCGAGUCAGUACGAGUCCUCCUAAAAGCCAUCCACGAACGAGAACGAUCGCAAAAGCCAUCGUAUAUACGUGCCUGAAGAAUAUCACCGAGAUCUUUCUAGAUCCUGGUUCCUGUGGACAGAGACGAAGAAGGAGAACGAAAGGAAGAGAGAGAGAGAGAGGGAGAGGAAAUAGACGAGGCACAAUAUCGGGAACUGGGUAUCCCCACCGAAUGGGGAGCGGAUACUAACCGAAGUAUCAGCACGCACGAUCGCAUACAUAUAAGUAAUUCUGAUCGAGUUGGUUUCAAGGUAGCCGGCUGGAAAGGUAACAAACCAAUAAUCCUUCACCCCCUGGUGGCUAGAGGUUGGACAACGACGAGAGAAAGAGAGAGAAAGAGAGAGAUAGGGAGGAGGGAGCAGCCCUGAUCUCGAUCGACGCGGUACGAAGGGAGGAAAAAGGAAGGGGUCAACGGGUGGCAUCGCGCAGCUGCAGUCGCGGUGGUCGACCGGCUAGCGGAAGGAAGGCGUCAGUGAACGGGGGAUCACGGAACCGAGAACCGCGGUGUGAUACUCUCCCGAGAGUGGCAGUUAGACAGUCACCGUUGGCCCGUUGGUCGUCGUCGCCGAAAAAACUAAAGACAAAGAGAAGGGAAGAGAGGAAAGGGGAAACGAGAAGGGGGACGACGCGUGUCGGAGUAUCGUGCGUGUGCCGGAGCCGAGGAGGCGAGCUGCUGAGGUGGUGUCGUCGGUGUGGCCACGGUGUUUUACAGACGGUUCGACGCGAUAUAACGCGCUUAUCAGAGGCGUCGAGGGCGAGAGGGCGUGCAGGAGGGCGGGUGGGGGGAGGGCAGGCGACGGGGAAGGAUGUCGAUGCGCCGCCGGUGGUCGGUUUCGGGGGUUGACUCGCGCCGCGGGGGCGAUGAGCGCACUUCCCUCCGCCCUGAAACUGACCUGCUGCCGUUCCUGGCUCCUGCUACUCAUCUGCUUCGUUUUCCUGGUGUCCGGCUGCAGCUGUGGCGCGCGCCCGGAUCGCCUGAACCGCCAACUACUGGCAGGUGAUGACGUGCGCGGAUCCAGCUACGACGACGACGUUGACGACGCCGACGACUAUGACGACGACCAGGACUAUCUCGAGCAGAACAUCACUGCGGCGAAGGGGCAGUACCUGGGCUCGCCGUGCGACGUCUCGUGCAAUCCGGAACUGCUGCACGUGUUCUGCGACACGGUCACCGGUUUCUGCGAGUGCGAGAAAUUCUAUCCGGUUCGUCUUGGGCCUACCAAAGGAUGUGCCAAACCUAAGAGACUCGGGGAGCAAUGUUACUAUCGCGCGACUUGUACUUUUGCGGAUCAGCAUUCGACCUGCACCCAAGUGCAACACAACGCCGUGUGCGACUGUGAGGAAGGCUACCAUAAGGUCGCCUUAUCCAGGCCUAACAAGAAGGUGUUCUGCGCCGAAGAUCUGGUGCUGAUAACGACGGAUAUUCCGACUCUCCUCUGCAUAGCAUCGGGAAUAGCGGUAUUCACAGCAAUGAUAUGCUUCGUGCUCAAGUUAUUCAGUCGUGCGAGAUACUCAAGGCCACGGCACUAUGCCAACGCAAAUCACGCACCGCCCAUGCUGUUCUCCAGCGACACGGGUAUCCCACUGACGCUUCACGGUGGCCGGCCGUCCUCGCGUUCCAGUCAGAGAAGCAGCACAGCGGGACCUUUGACCUACGCGUUCUCCAGGAGGCCUAGCAGCGGCGGUAGCCGCGGUCCAUUGGUACCAGCGUCGAGAGCAGGUGCGGCACGUGCCGCCGCCAUCUUGCUUAUAUCGUGUCACCUGCAGGCGACCAAAGGCGGGAACAAGCAUCGACGUACCCUUAGCGACGUUGCUGAGGGAUCGUCCGACGGCCUCGGUUCUCGCCGCCCUAGCUUAACGUCGGUUCACAGUUCGACGUCCUCGGCCCGCAGUUACAGCGCGCGACGACUCGAGAAAGAGAGAAGCGAGAAGGAGCAACGGCAGGCGUUGCAGGAGCUGAGAUUGGCCAAACAACGGGAGCAACAGCAGCAACAACAGCAGCAGAUCGCCCCUACGCCCAGUCCGAGAACUCCACACUCUAUGGACGAGCUGUUGCCAUCCGUGGAGGAAGGGAAGGAAGUGUUUUACAACGAGCAGGUGCCGACGACAUCGGACAUGACCGAAGAAACGCCAGUAAUGACGACGGCCAUCACGACAACCAACGUGAACGCAACCAGAUUCGGCGAAAUGGCUCCCGUCACGACCUCGACAACGUCCAUCUUCGAAACGAACAUCGCGCCCCGUGCCACCGGUGACAUUUUUCAAGUGUAGCUAAGGACUAAAAAAAACAGUAUCGACGAACUUGUAACCCACACGUGACUCGAAUCGAACACGUAAUAUAAGCCAGUGAAGAGACGAGUAAAUUCUGUACACGAACACGUAGCAGCACAGUUCCGAAUCGUAUAAAACAAAAAUAAUAAUAAUAAUAAUAAUAAUAAUAAUAAUAAAAAGAGUAAGAUAAUGUCCCACGUUUAAGAAAAAAAUCUAAAAAAAAAAAGAAAUAAUAAUAAUAAUAACGAUAAAAUUGCUAAAAAAGAAAACGUAACGCGCCUAAAAUACCAGCGGCUGAGACAAAGCGGAAGUCCACGUGUAAAAUGCUCUGUCACGAACAUGGUGCUUGAAAGCGAAAAGAAGAAACUGUAUAGACACAAACGAUACAAAAGAUAAAAUGGGUUGCAUGAUAUGUUGUUAAAGUUGAAGUUUUGCUUGAGCCACGCGCGAGGGCCUAGAAUUUAUUCUAAAACGAUAUGUUUUUAUUAAACCUAGGUGCGAAAUCGUGUGUACCUAGAUGUUGAGCCAGCUUUGAGUAUAAGAAAAAAAGAAACGAAAAAGAGAAAAAAAAAAUGAUAAAAAACGCGAGAUCGAGCGAAACCGUUCGGCGCAUAAAAUAUGUAAGAUUCAGGAGUAUAUACGUAUACCUGAAAGCGGCAGGCGUAGAUGCGGGUAUAUGAAGUUGUACCUGAACAUAGGAGCGGUACCUGCUGUGAUUUCGCGGGGAAUUCUGAUCCAGCAGCGAAAGAUUCGUUGUCCGUAAUGGUUACAAAAUUCAGAUGACAUCUCCCGUGCAUCUUGGAUGCGUGAUAAAUUCGAAAAAUAAUAUGGUUUUCUAAGUAACGAGAAAUUUGUUUGGCGAGUGCAACUUUCUGACAUUACUUUUUUAAUUGCGAGAUCUUUGCAAGAAUUCUCAUCAAGUAUCUGUUUGGGCCUUCUCGGUAAGAAACGGAAUGAUGAAAAGAAAAAACGAAAAAAAAGAAACGAAAUGCAACGUUUCACAUCAACCGUAGUUCGUUUCGAAUUUUUGUCACUUUACGGACAAAAGAAAGAGCGGAGUUGACGUGUCAGAUGAUUUUUUACGGCUUAAAUUUUUUAAGCAUUUACGAAUCAUUGGUUCGACGAUAGAAUUUUUUACAAAGAUUCGAACGGAUGUUCGUAACGGAUGCGAGUAAAAGCGGUUGAUCGAACACAGGAAACAAAAAAGAAAAAGAGUCGAGCUUAGAGUCAACUGUUCGAUGCCUCGAAUCGACGCUUCGGUACCUCACGAUACUCCAUUACGAUUUAGGUACUUUACAUAUCAGCAAAUUGUUUUUUUCAAGUCACGAACAAAGAUUUUACCGAUUUAGUAAGCGCAAUGUUAAACUCACGCGGUUCUUAUUCGUUUCGUUAUAUAUUUUAUCGACAACUUCUUACUAUCGAUUUAAUUACAUAUCAACGACGAAACAAAAUAAUUCAAAUUUUAAAACGGAUCGUUCGAGAAUAUUAGAAGUUAUUAAAAGAUGAAAGGAUAAUUAACCUAUUCCCAUAAUUAUUCGCGUGUACAACCACCGCUCAUAGUACCCGGACUCUUUAACUAUUUUAUAACAGUAGCACGUGAAUUUUAGCAAAACACACAAAUUAAUGAAAAACCAAUGACUAAAAAUAAUACAUAUCGUUUUCUUAUAAAUUUUGUUUGUAAAUUAUACAACGUAUUGAAAUUAAGUUAAACGAUACAUCAAGAUUAAAAUUCAAUAGGUUUCCGUUUAAUUUAAAUAUUACUAUCCGAAUUAGCAACGGCGGUUCUUCGUUUCAAAAAUGAAAUUAGAUAGGACAACUCUCUUCCAGAAAGUUUUCUUAGAAAUUUUAUGAAAGGUCAGGGUGCAUAUUCCUUUCUGAGAGUGAGAUUAGAAGAAUCACGCUUUAAAAAAUUGAAAAUAACAAUCAAAAUUCAAAUUCUCAGAAUCUUGACCGACACACCACUCAUCCGCAGUUUCAAACUUGCGACUCUAAUUAAAUUACCGAGGAUAUAAAUAAUGUAUCCAGAUACUUACGAGCGGUAGUGUGUAUCCGCAUAGCAGUAUUCAAUAGAAAGGACGCCGGAAUUGCCAUAAAUGUUUUGCGUGAAACUAAACACCGUGAAGCGUGUGUUUGAAAGCCACAGAAAUGAAAAAAUUGAAAUGAACAAACAGAUAAAUAAAAUAAGGAACACGCCGUAUGCAUAUUUCGUUUUACGUGAAGAAAUAUGAAUAUAUAUUCGAUGCGUUCGAUCGUUUCGUUUGCUCGAACGGAAUUUACUGCGAUAAAAAAGCAAUUGGCAGGGCAUUCUCGAGUGGGGUCGAGGCUAAACAUACCUCUAAUCUUAGGUAAAUUACUCUGCGAGAGAACCAAAUAGGGGGGGAAAAAAAAAAUAAUAAAAACCGUGAAAAAUACCGGGCUGGUGCUUGGACGAACCCAACGAUGUGGCACCAGCAAAAAUCGUGCAACAAACGUUUACAAAGAGG